AGAUCCACUGGAGCUGGACAGGAGGAGUUCUACUUGCACGAAUUCGUUUUUAUGCGUAAAUACUCGAUCUGCCUUUGGUAGUAAUCGAUUGAAAAUGUCCUCAAUUGAGAGUUUAAGGAGUUUUGUACUCGAGCGGCUGACUGCUGCUGCUGAGGAAAUAUUCGGAGCUUUUAAAAGAACUAUCGUCGAGUACGAGGAAGAGAUCGAUCGUCAGCGCAGACUGCUGGACAACGUUUGGACGCCUGGAAUAAAUAAACAUGGGACAGAGCUCCCACUGCAACCAAUCUGUAAGGAGGAGAAUAAUGUCUCUGACCAGCAGCUCUGUUACCAGGAGAGGAACUCCAGUCCAGACCUCAAGGACCCAGAGCCUCCAAAGAUUAAAGAGGAACAAGAGGAUGUCUGCAGCAGCCAGGAGGAAGAGCAGCUUGAACUGAAGCAGGAGAUUGAUACCUUUAUAUACACUCCUGCCUUUGAGGGAAGUGUUGACACUGAACCAGAGCUAAAAAACAACCAGCAGCCCCUCUCUCGAAGCGUUCAUGAUGCUGAGAGCCAACAUCACUCAGAGGAGAAGCAAGACGAGUCAGACUCAACUGAUAAACUGUCAGAGUCAAUGACACAUGAUCACUCACUCAAAAGCGACAGUGACGAUUCACAAAGCCCUAGCUUGUCAGAGAUCCACAGUAAUACUCGGAAAGGUAAAUUACAAUUCAAAUGUGACACAUGUGGAAGGUCUUUUAAGUUUACGUCACUUUUGCAGAGACACAUGAGCAUUCAUACAGGUGAGAGGCCCCAUUCAUGCAAAAUAUGUGGGAAAGAUUUCAGACUCAAAGGUUCCCUGAAAGUCCACAUGAGAAUUCACACAGGUGAGAAGCCCUACCUGUGCAAAACCUGUGGGAAAAGAUUCAGUGACGUGUCACUUUUUAGAAAACAUGCAAAAAUCCACCUUGGUGAGAAACCAUACAGCUGCGAGGUCUGUGAGAAGAGAUUCCCUCACAUUUCAGCUUGGAAAACUCACAUGAGAGAACACACAGGUGAUAAGCCGUACACCUGUGACACCUGUGGAAGAGCGUUUCAGUUUGUGUCUCUUUUACAGAGACAUGUGAGCAUUCACACAGGUGAAAGGCCAUUUUCAUGCAAAACUUGUGGGAAGGAUUUCAGGCUUGACAGCGCCUUGAAAUCCCACAUGAGAAUCCAUACAGACAACGAUCUUCUUAAUCUCUGGAAUGUUCGUAUCACAGUGAGUGCACACCCACACACAUACAUGAAGAUACAUAUUCACAUACAUUUCAAAUGUUGACAUAUUUCAUGAGCAAUAUGUGGUGACGUUUUUCUUAUUCUUUUAACAGUUAAUGUGGUUUUACACAUUUAUUUAUCUGUAUGCUCCAAAUAUCAAAUUUUUGUGUAUAUGGAUGCUUCGCAAAAAUUGAUUUAAAAACUGUAAGCUUUGAUGCCAAUAAAUUCCUUGAACUGACUGAA